UAGUGAGAAGGCUAUGGGGUAACGUAAUGCUCAACCCAGCGAGAUAAUGUCGAUUAAUGUGGUUUGGGACGAAUAUAAUCCACCUAGAGGAAGUAACAAAUGCUAAAAUGGUUUAUGACAUUAUAAUGACGCACUUGUUAUGCGGUCAGUUGAAUAGGAAGCUGAAGCUGCCAGUGUAAACGCCUCAGCUGAGCUCAUCUCCUGCCUGAAUCCCUUAUUACACUCUGAAGAAAGUGAAUCAGUGCACCUCCUUCCAAAAUGAGCCGGGACGUUCCUAUCCACAGCUGGCCCGGCUCCUAUUACAUCAACAGUGAGAAGCGGUGGGAAAACGGCACCCUGACCCUCACCAGGACCAUGGUGCGCUUCGUUUCCAGCCAGAGUAAGGAGAGUCUUGCCAGCUUCCGCCUCUCUCACAUCAUGGAGAUCAAGAUGGAGUCGUCCAGUUUUAUCUUCAGCACUCUCACAGUGCUUGAAGAAGGCAACGUGAAACACUGGUUCGGUUCCCUUAAACCCAACAGGGUGGUGGUUUAUAAUGUGUUGGAACAUUUCUGGAGAGAACGUCUCCUGUCCCCCAGCUCAGAGGCCCGCGGGGCUGAGUCUCAACCCUCUAAGGGUAGAGAGCUGAUCAACCUGGUGGCAGGGGCCCAGAGGAGACUGGAGGACACCGGGAGAGUCCUCAGCCACCAAGGAGAGCAGUUCGAUAACAUGAUGGAGGGACUGGAGAAGAUUGACUCUGACCUGGGCGUGGCUGAUAAACUUCUGUCAGAGCUGGAGUCUCCCUCCUGGUGGCCUUUUGGUAAACUCCCCUGGAAAACUCAGCAGGAAGCCAAGGCUGAGGACGCUGCUAGGGCCGCAGCUUCUGCCGCAGCUGGCAGGGGGUCUGGUAGAAAUAAGGUGAUCGUAAGCAUCCCAGCUGUAGUGUCCAAAGGAGGAGACUCAGACUUGAAACCGGGAUGCUUGUUGGUGUUGGUGUCCUCAUUGGAGGUGCGAGACACAAACUGCCAGCUCCUCCACCGCUUUGAACGAAAUGAAAUCGACGAGAUCAGGGUGCAGAGUCCCUACGAGAUUACUGUUAGACAGCGGUUUAUCGGGAAGCCAGAUAUAUGUUACCGGUUCCUGUCUGCCAAGAUGCCAGAGGCAAUGUCAGUGUUAGAGAUGCAGUACAAAAAGAAGGUGGAGUUUACAAGUGAAUACGCUGCUUUCAGGGCAACUCCAGUUUCAUCUCCAUGUGACACAGAAGGGAGAAACUGGAAUGACGGUUUGUUGCAGAGGUGCCAAGAGACAGAGCUCCCACUGGAGGUCCCAGCAGGAGAGCUGUCCCAGUUGCAGGUGCAUGUCCUCCAGCCAUCUGUCAGUCAGGCUGAGGCCCAGGAACUUAAACAGAUGCUGAUGCAGCUGAAGAACCUUGCCCUGGAGGCAGAGACGGAGCUGGAACGGCAGGACGAAGUUCUGGACGUCCUGACCAGCUCCACGGACCGAGCCACCAUGCACAUAGAGAAGCACACCUGCCGUAUGAAAAGACUGCUGUAGCUCUGACGGUCCAGCUGACGCAUGUGGUCACCAUGUCCCUCCUGAGAAACGCACUGUAAACUUCCUCAUUGUCCUCGUAGGAUUGGUACGGUUAGAGAAUGCUGCAAAACAGCAGAAAAUAGUUCAUAAGAUUUUUGUUGCAUUUAAAGGCACAAUUACAUGGGUUCAAGGGUCAGUGAUUUCUGGGAAGUGCAGCAAUGUUGCAACUAAAGAUAACGUAACACUAAAGAUAAUCACCAAAAUCCCUGAAAUUUGCACAUCAGUGAUUAUGACUUAAGAUUUUAAGCAUUUUUUAAGAAUACUCUUUUUUUUUGAGAAAUUAAGUUAUUUAUGGGGUUGGUGGGCUCAUACAUUUCUACCAUCUUUCUGCAUCACAUAAGUUAACCUUUUAGUGCAAAUCCAAAUUUGUCAUUUUUUUGUUUCAUUGUUCUAUUUGACAGAAUUCAAACAUGUGUGACUGAUAUAAAUCAGCCAUCUUUAUGAAGGAUGGAGUCUGUGUUCUGCUCUCUGAAUGUGUGUCCUGCAGCACUUAGCAGCUGUGGCUAGCAUUGUUACCAUUUCAUUUGGCUGAAAUUCUAUUGACUGCACAGCUGUCAUUUAGAAAAGGCAUUUUUCAAUUUUCUUACUUUUUUGGAGUUUCCAUAUCAAAACUAUACACUCUAUCAUAUCUUGGUUAUUUUUCUCUGGAAAGGAGGAUGUGGUCUAAAAAUUGACCAGCAGGUGUUGGUAUGCAAUGUUAAUGGAUACCUGAUAGCCAUAGAGGAGAAAGAACUCACCCACUACUAGGUGUAGUCCCUGGUAAUGGUGCUUAUGACCUGGCCCAGUCUGUUGAACUCCAUGGGCAAUGUUUUUGGUGGGAAGGUGGUGAAGGAUCACAUUGUUGUUAAUACAUUAGUGAUUCCUGUUGGUUGGUCAUGGUAACUGAGUGGGAUCUGGGGGGAAAAGCAUGAGUCUUCAGUGCAUGAUCCAGAGAAGGUGGCAGGUGAAAAGAAUAAAAUGAUGGCUGUUUAUGUGUCAGAGGGGAUACACAACAAUUUAUAAGUUCCCCAGGCUCAGUGCGAGACGGUAAAGGGCAAAAUGGAUAUUGAAAAGCAAAAACAGAAAUAGUUUAUUAGUUUAUUACUAGUUUAUUUAUUCUCUCUGCACAAACAAAUUCAAAACAAAUUGCAUGUUUCCAUAGAUGUUACUUACAAGAUAGAUGUAACAGAAAAGGAAAAACCUGAUUUGAGCUUGUGAAAAUAACAAAUAAUAGACUAACAGAUAAGAUUUGCAAAUAUCAUCGGAGUAAUGUUGGCAUUUCUGAUGAUGUACUGCCAUCUUUCCUUUUUAUAACCAUUUCUGUCCUGGUAAAUUGUCCCUCUCAGGUCCCAGGUGCCACUUAUCCUCUCUGGACACAGUUUCCCUGUGGCUCAAUGUUGCAUGUCUCAAUAUUGCUGCUUUUUACUGCAUCAAGUGGAAAUGUCUCAUCAUUAUCAAUACAUGGCAGAAGAUUGUAAAUGUGCAACUAAUUUCUGGGACUCUUGAAAACACAACAGAAAACACCCCCCUCUCUCUGUUUUUAAAUAUUAUAUGUGAAAUACUCCAUGUUAAGGUCCACAACCACUGUAUAAGAUUGAUACUAUUCUAAAUCUGUAUUAUCUGUAUAAAAAAAAAACUGACAUAUUGUAAUUCUGUAAUUUUAGUGUAGUCUGUUAUCACUGUGAAUGUGUAAUUAGAGGUUAGUUUAACCUGAAAUAUAAUAUAAUAUCUGUACCAUGUUUUAAAAAAUGGUAUUAGCUGUAUAGAUACUUCUUUUUGCUGAUUAUGUCAAAUUUAUCUUGUACCUGGAUACAACUAAAUGAUAAGCCCUUACUAUAAGGGGAAAAUACACCUGCAUCUUUCUAAUAGCAAACAAAUGAAUAAGUGAAUCAGCACAACAGGCACUGUAAGUAUAUGGAAUGAAUUCAUUUUCAUCAGCUAGGAAGUCAUCACUGUUAAAAGUCUGUAAUAGCAUAUAAUUUGCAAUAAAAGUCUCAAAUUGUCAUA